AUGUUGCGUGUGAUACUCAUUAGUAUCUUGGCUGGUAUCGCUGCAUCAACUCUAUACAUGCACUUCCAAAGCCCCCCUCCGUUACCAGACAUCGACCUGGAAGAGUGGUGGGGGCCAAAGCUAGACAAAUCUAAGUACAACGACAGUAUUGUACCUUUUCAAGUGCAGUUCAGUAAUUCGACGAUCAGAGACAUCAAGUAUCGUUUAAAAACUCGUCCUCCGCUGACUCCGCCACUAGAAGGGAUAGCUUUCGAAUAUGGCUUCAACAGCAAGCAGCUGGAGUCGUGGCUGAAGUACUGGGCGGAGGAAUAUCCAUUCAGCGAUCGUGAAAAGUAUAUAAACCAAUACAAACAUUACAAGACAAACAUUCAAGGAUUGGAUAUACACUUCGUGAGAGUAACCCCAGAGGUCCCUCCAGGUAAAGAGGUGGUACCACUGCUGUUACUGCAUGGCUGGCCAGCGUCCUUCCUGGAGUUCUAUGAUGCCAUACCACUUCUUACCGCCGUGAAUAAGGACAGGGAUUUCGCAGUUGAGCUGAUUAUUCCUAGCCUGCCUGGUUAUGGAUUUUCUAGUGGUGCAGUGCGUCCUGGUCUUGCGGCGGAUAAGAUCGCUAUCGUACUCAGAAACCUGAUGUCUAGACUAGGUCACAAGAAGUACUACGUCCAAGGGGGAGAUUGGGGUGCAUUGAUAGGCAGCAUCAUGGCUACAUUCUUUCAAAAGGAAGUGUUAGGAUACCACACGAAUUUUGCAACGUUGGCGACUCCAUGGUCCUCGACACUUCGUUUAUUGGGCUCAAUCUAUCCCCCCCUCGUGGUCAGUACUGAUUUGGCUGACAGAAUGUACCCCUUGGGAGAACGCUAUAGCUACAGUUUGCAAGAGACGGGAUAUAUGCACAUUCAGGCCACUAAGCCAGAUACAGUGGUGAUGCACGUAAUUGAGAUUAAUGCAUGA